GGUUAUAAUCUAUGCUUUUGAAGCAUGUGAGCCAACGUCAACGGAGUUGUUGCAUAGGUAGAAGAGGGUUGUCUCCCUGUUUCAGAAAGGUGUUUUUAUAAAAGACAAGAGCACACAUUCUCAUCCUUCAGUAGACUCAUCAUUCAUUCUACUAACGCUAUAGCUCAGGAACAGAACUAGUGGAGGUUGCAGUGUGCUUAUUCAGAACCAUGUCGUCAGGCAAACCCAGAGCCAAGAAAAUUAAGAAAACCCCAGAGGGGAAAACUCAAGAGAGGAACACUCCCAAGAGGAACACUCCCGAGAGGAACACUCCCGAGAGGAACACUCCCGAGAGGAACACUCCCGAGAGGAACACUCCCGAGAGGAACACUCCCGAGAGGAACACUCCCAAGAGGAACACUCCCAAGAGGAACACUCCCAAGAGGAACACUCCCAAGAGGAACACUCCCAAGAGGAACACUCCCAAGAGGAACACUCCCAAGAGGAACACUCCCAAGAGGAAAACCCUGACCAAACUCCGCCCUAAUUCUCUAUUCGGGAUGGGGAACCCCCUUCUGGACAUCUCAGCCGUUGUGGACCAGGACUUCCUGGAGAAGUACGGUUUGAAGGCAAACGACCAGAUUCUGGCGGAGGACAAGCACAAAGCAUUGUUUGAAGAGAUUUUCAAGUUUAAAGUAGAGUAUCAUGCCGGAGGAUCUACUCAGAACUCUAUAAAGGUCGCCCAGUGGAUGAUCCAGGAGCCCCACAAGGUGUGUACAUUCUUCGGCUGUAUCGGGAAGGACAAGUUGGGGGAGAUUCUGAAGCAGAAGGCAGUGGAGGUCCACGUGGACGCCCACUACUAUGAGCAGACAGAAGAACCUACAGGGACCUGCGCCGUGUGCAUCACCGGGGACAACAGGUCUAUGGUAGCUAAUCUAGCAGCCGCUAACUAUUAUAAGAAGGACGAACAUCUGGACUUGAAGGAGAACUGGAAACUGGUGGAGAAAGCCAAGGUCUUUUAUAUCGCUGGCUUCUUCCUGACGGUGUCUCUGGAGUCCAUCCUGAAAGUAGCCAAACACGCAUCUGAGAACAACAAGCUGUUCACUCUGAACCUCUCCGCUCCCUUCAUCUGCCAGUACUUCAAAGAUGCCCUCAUGGAGGUCAUGCCCUACGUAGACGUGCUGUUCGGCAAUGAGACGGAGGCAGCCACGUUUUCAAAAGAGCAAGGCUUUGAGACAGAGGACAUUAAGGAGAUUGCUAAGAAGGCCCAGACUCUGCCCAGAGUCAACAAGAAGAGGCCGAGAAUCGUUGUCUUUACUCAGGGGAAGGACGAAACCAUCAUGACCAAAGGAGGUGACAAGCUGGAGACGUUCAAAGUUCUGCAGAUUGAGCAGAAGGACAUUGUGGACACAAAUGGUGCCGGUGAUGCCUUUGUAGGAGGAUUCCUGUCAGAGUUGGUCCAGGAUAAGACAUUGGAACAAUGUGUGAAAGCAGGACACUACGCUGCCAACGUCACCAUCAGACAAACAGGAUGCACCUUCCCUCACAAACCAGACUUCCACUGAUGACCUUUAACCUUAACCUCUGACCCCUAGGCGAUCCACCCUGACCCUCACCAUCCCAACUAACCGAACCAGCCCCCCCCCCCGUCCCCGUCCCCUUUUUUUAUAA